AUCAGCCUUGCAGACUGGGGUCGCAAGGCCAUUGAGAUUGCAGAGAAUGAGAUGCCAGGGCUGAUGAAGAUGCGGGAGAUGUAUGCUGCAUCAAAGCCGCUGAAAGGUGCACGUAUCGCUGGUUGCCUUCAUAUGACCGUGCAGACGGCAGUUCUCAUAGAGACCCUUUUAGAGCUGGGAGCUGAGGUACAAUGGUCAAGCUGCAACAUUUUCUCCACUCAGGACCACGCUGCAGCUGCUAUUGCAAAAGCUGGUAUUCCUGUGUUUGCCUGGAAAGGGGAGACGGAUGAGGAAUAUUUGUGGUGCAUUGAGCAGACCCUGUACUUCAAGGAUGGGCAGCCCCUCAACAUGAUUUUGGAUGAUGGUGGAGAUCUUACCAACCUCGUUCAUACCAAAUACCCGCAGCUCUUGAAAGGAAUUAGAGGUAUUUCAGAAGAGACAACCACUGGAGUUCACAACCUGUACAAGAUGAAGGCCAAUGGGACCCUGAAAGUGCCAGCUAUCAAUGUUAACGACUCUGUCACCAAGAGCAAGUUUGAUAACCUUUAUGGUUGCAGAGAGUCCCUCAUCGAUGGCAUCAAACGUGCUACAGAUGUCAUGAUUGCUGGAAAAGUAGCAGUCGUGGCAGGUUACGGUGAUGUGGGUAAAGGCUGUGCUCAGGCCCUGCGGAGCUUUGGAGCCAGAGUUAUCAUCACUGAAAUCGAUCCCAUCAACGCACUGCAGGCAGCCAUGGAAGGUUAUGAAGUUACAACCAUGGAGGAGGCCUGCAAAGAAGGCAAUAUCUUUGUUACCACCACCGGCUGCACUGACAUUGUUCAGGGCAGGCACUUUGAGCAGAUGAAGGAUGAUGCGAUAGUGUGUAAUAUUGGCCAUUUUGAUGUGGAAGUUGAUGCAAAGUGGCUGAAUGAAAAUGCAGUAGAAGCAGUGAAUGUCAAACCUCAGGUGGAUCGCUAUACGCUGAGGAAUGGCCGUCAUAUUAUACUGCUAGCGGAGGGCAGACUGGUCAACUUGGGCUGUGCCAUGGGUCACCCUAGCUUUGUCAUGAGCAAUUCCUUCACCAACCAGGUGCUGGCACAGAUCGAGCUGUGGACCAAUAGUGACAAAUACUCUGUCGGAGUCCAUUUCCUGCCAAAGAAGCUGGAUGAAGCUGUGGCUGCUGCUCAUCUGGAGAAGCUGUGUGUGAAGCUGACGAAGCUGAGUGACAAGCAGGCCAAAUACCUAGGUUUAUCAAGAGAUGGGCCAUUCAAGCCAGACCACUACAGAUACUGAGCAGGUGGCACUACCCAAAGAACAAAGUGCAGGGAUACAACCUUCCAAAGCUCUUGUGUGUGCUGGGCUUCUGAGAACAAGCCCUUUGCUGUACUCCUCUCAGUGCUGCAGAACCCCUCCCCUUACCAAGGGAGCUUCAGGGCCUCAUUGUUAGUGAAAGAGGAUCACUCUGACUCUUGGAAUUAGAAUUGGUUACUGAGGUAAUGUCA